CCAUGGCAAAAGCACCCAUGGACACGCUUCAACUCUCCUGCAUCCAGAUAACCAUAGCCUUACUCUUGUUUACUCAAGCCAAGAGCACCACAGAGGAGACAUCUGCCCUGCGUCCAAAUGAUAUUGUCACCAGUUGUAUUGCUGGUGAGAGGUCUGCCCUUCUUGCCUUCAGGGCAGGUCUAUCAGACCCUGGCAACCUCCUUUCAUCUUGGAAGGGUGACGACUGCUGCCGGUGGAAGGGCGUCUACUGCAGCAACAGAACCGGCCAUGUUGUCAUGCUCGAUCACGGAGGCCCUGAUUUCUACGAAGGCUGUGAUGAGAGUAGUUGGGUGCUAGCAGGCAACAUAAGCUCCUCGUUGCUUGGUUUACAGCAUCUACGCUAUCUCGACCUCAGGUGUAACGAGUUUCUCCAGAUACAAAUACCGGAGUUCAUGGGUUCUCUCCAUCAGCUGAGAUAUCUUGACCUAUCAAAGUCACUGUUUGUUGGAAGGAUACCACCACAGCUGGGUAAUCUCUCCAACUUACAGUACUUAAAUCUUGAUAACUCAUACCGUUGUCCUUUCUGCACGUACUCCAAGGAUAUCACGUGGCUAUCACGGUUAACUUCCCUUGAGCACCUGGAUAUGACCUACGUGAACCUCAGUACAAUUGUUCACUGGGUUCCGGUGGUGAACAUGCUUCCAACUCUGGAAGUUCUUCGUCUCCCCUUUUGCGAGCUUGGAAGUAGCCCUGAUUCUCUUUUGCUCUCAAACCUGACAUCUCUUGAAACACUCGACCUUUCAGAAAACAACUUCCAUAAGCAUAGCAGGCCCAACUGGUUUUGGGAUGUAAGUAGCCUCAAGCAUCUAAAUAUCUCGGCCAAUGAUUUCUAUGGCCCAUUUCCGGAUGAGAUAGGUAAUAUGACCUCCAUUGUGGAGCUUGGUUUAUCAAAUAAUAACCUUGUGGGUAUGAUACCUUCCAGUAUGAAGAACCUAUGUAAUUUGGAGUUAUUAGGAUUUCCAUACAACAAUAUCAAUGGGAGUAUACAAGAAUUAUUCAAUCGAUUGCCUAGUUGUUCACAGAAUAAACUACAACAAUUAGAUGCAUCAUACUGCAGUCUGACUGGAAGCCUGCCAACUACACCAGUAGAUUCCAUAAGCAACCUCAGCCAGCUAGUCCUCUCUAACAACAGACUCAGUGGUCAUGUGCCGGUGUGGUUAGGGGAGCUCACAAAUCUAGCAAUGUUGAACCUUAGCUCCAACAACCUGGUUGGGGUCAUACAUGAGGAACAUUUAUCACGUCUAGAGAUGUUAUACACAUUGGAUUUGUCAGAUACCUCCAUUGCCAUCACAGUUAGUCCAACUUGGGUUCCUCCUUUUAGUCUAAGAGAAAUUUACCUUCGGUCCUGCCAGCUAGGGCCUAAAUUUCCAGCGUGGCUUCGAUGGCAAAAACAAGUAAGGGGUCUUGAUAUAUCGAACACAAGCAUCAGUGACAUGGUACCGGAAUGGUUUUGGAAAUCAGCUUCAUCGGCAAGGUUUCUCAAUAUUCGAGACAAUCAGAUUAAAGGAGUCCUCCCAUCAACAAUGCAAUCUAUGCAUGCACAAGAAAUGGAUUUCAGUUCUAACCAGCUUGGUGGUCCAAUACCUAAGCUUCCAUUCAAUCUAAUGGGACUGGAUCUCAGUCGGAACAAUAUAGUUGGACCACUGCCAUCAGACUUUGGAGCCCCAUUGCUUCAAACACUUGCUCUAUACGACAACAUGAUCUCUGGCGCCAUUCCAUCUUCUUUGUGCAAGUUGCAAUUAUUGCAGCUGUUAGAUCUAUCAAGAAAUAAUCUCAAUGGGUCAAUUACUGAUUGCCUAGUCAAUGAAUCCAGCACAGACAUGACAGACCUGAGCAUCAUUAAUCUAAGUUUCGGAAACAACAACCUCUCGGGUGAAUUUCCUUCACUCAUACAAAAAUGCCCCAAACUCAUCUUUCUUGAUCUCGGACAUAAUGAAUUCUCUGGGGCUUUACCAACCUGGAUUGGGGAAAAGCUACCGUCUUUGUCAUUCUUACGACUGAGAUCCAAUAUGUUUUAUGGUCACAUUCCAGUAGAGCUUACGAAGCUUGUUAAUCUACAAUAUUUGGACCUUGCAUACAACAAUAUAUCAGGGAGCAUACCGAGAUCAAUUGGUAAUUGCACAGGCAUGAGACAAGCAAGAGGCAACUCUGAUAAUCUUCGGUAUGCCUUGCAUAAUUUGUUCCAGCUUGGUGAAAAUAGUCUAGUUGACUAUACUGAGAAUUUGACAGUACUCACGAAAGAGAUUCCUGAAGAAAUCGGCACUCUUAUAGAAUUGAAGAACCUGAACUUAUCAUGGAACAACUUCAAUGGAAAAAUAUUUGAGAAUGUUGGUGCCUUAAUGCAAGUGGAGUCACUCGACCUAUCAUACAACAAUUUGUCUGGUGAAAUCCCUUCAAGCUUAUCGGCUCUCACAUCAUUGAGUCGCCUGAACCUGUCCUACAACAAUCUGAGAGGAAAGAUACCAACUGGAAAUCAACUGCAAACACUUGAAGACCCAGCAUCUAUUUAUAUUGGCAACCCGGGCCUCUGCGGUCCUCCUCUCUUGCGAAAUUGUUCGUCAAAGCCUGAGCCAAUUCCAGGAGAAUAUCAUGGAGUUGCAAUUGGCGACGUGGUUUCGUUUUUCCUCGCCAUGGGCUCUGGAUAUGUGAUGGGUCUCUGGGUGGUUUUCUGCACCUUCUUGUUCAAGAGGAGAUGGAGAGUUGCUUGGUACUCGCUCUGCGACAGCUUGUAUGACCGGGUUUAUGUGCAAGUGGCUGUUACCUGGGCUUCCUUGAGAGGUAAAAUUAAUGGUUUGGUGGCAAAUGAUGAUGAUAAGUUGGCAGCUGAUGAAGCUGAUUCUGAUCUGGAUCUGGCCUGGAAAAUGUUUGAUUUGCAAGAGCAAAUAGUUGGGAAGAACCCAGACGAUGCUGAAUCUUCGCUUGUUGUUGUUGGGAUUCGCAUGCUCCCGUGGUUGGUCAGUGAUGGAGGAAAUGAUCUGCCCUUGAUGGGUCAGCGGCCGUCAGCACCCAGAAUGAUAUACUGA